GCAGUUGGCUGGCUUCCAACUUUUCAGAGCGGACCGACACACGGAACUCUCCGGAAAGACGAAAGGCGGAGGAAUCUGCUUCUAUAUUAACUGUGGCUGGUGCAAUGACGUGACAGCGAUCCAACAAUACUGUUCUCCUGAUCUGGAAUAUUUUAUCAUCAAUUGCAAACCCUUCUACUCCCCCCGCAAGUUCGCCUCAUUCAUUCUGGUCGGUGUUUACAUUCUACCGCAAGCGAACGUGCAAGAGGCACAACGCAUGCUCGCCGACCGGAUACUAUGUGUGGAACGGACUAACCCGGACUCCCUAGUUAUUGUCCUCGGCGACUUUAACAAGGGAAAUCUCUCCCCAAAUACAAACAAUUUAUAAAAUGCCCGACCAGAGAGGAGAACAUUCUGGAUCACUGCUACACCUCAGUAAGCAGAGCCUACCACGCCGUCCCCCGCGCUGCACUGGGACUCUCGGACCACGUCAUGGUCCAUUUGAUUCCUGCAUACAGGCAGAAACUUAAACUCUGCAAACCUGUUGUCAGGACUUCAAAGCAGUGGACCAGUGAGGCUGUGGAGGAUCUUCAGGCGUGCUUGGACUGCACAGACUGGGAGGUGUUCAGGACUGCUUCAGACAGCUUGGACGAGUACACGGAGGCUGUGACUUCUUACAUCAGCUUCUGUGAGGACAGCUGUGUUCCAUCACGCACCAGGGUGAGUUACAACAAUGACAAACCCUGGUUCACAGUGAAACUCAAGAAGUUGAGACUUGAGAAGGAAGAGGCGUUCAGGAGUGGGAAUAGAGACGGAUAUGUAGAGGCGGAAUACCGGUUUAGGAAGGAGGUGAGAGAUGCUAAACGUGAGUAUUCGAAGAAACUUGAACACCAGUUAUCAGCCAACGACUCUGCCUCUGUAUGGAAAGGGCUUAGGCUGAUCACCAAUUGUAAGCCUAGAACCUCCCACUCCACUAACGACUCACGCCUGGCCAACAGCUUGAAUGAGUUCUACUGUCGCUUUGAUGGACAAUGGAGCAGUCCUGACACCUUCCCCCGUGACACCUCCCUCCAGCCCCAGCCCAUCAACUGCCCACCCCCCUCCACAGUGACGACUCUCCAUCCUUGAGAGAGACGUCAACAGACUUUUUGAGACAGAACCCCCGCAAAGCAGCCGGGCCAGACUCUGUCUCUCCAUCAAUCCUGAAGCACUGUGCUGAUCAGCUGUCUCCGGUGUUCAGACAUUUUUAACACCUCACUGGAGACAUGCCACGUACCAGCCUGCUUCAAGUCCUCCACCAUCAUCCCCGUCCCCAAAAAAACAAGUCACUGGACUCAACGACUACAGACCCGUCGCCCUGACCUCUGUGGUUAUGAAGGCAUUUGAGCGUCUGGUGCUGGUUCACCUCAAAGCCAUCACUGACCCUCUCCUGGACCCCCUGCAGUUUGCCUCCAGAGCCAACAGGUCUGUAGACGAUGCAGUCAACAUGGCCCUACACUUCAUCCUCCAGCACCUGGACUCCUCAGGAACCGACGCCAGGAUCCUGUUUGUUGACUUCAGCUCUGCCUUCAACACUCAUUCCGGCUCUGCUUCAGGACAAGCUCUUCCAACUGAGCGUGCCUGACUCCACCUGCAGGUGGAUCACCGACUUCCUGUCUGACAGGAGGCAACGCGUGAGGCUGGGGAAGCACGUCUCUGACUCCAGGACUAGAAGCACCGGUUCCCCUCAGGGCUGCGUUCUUUCCCCUCUACUCUUCUCCCUGUAUACCAACAGCUGCACCUCCAGUCACCAGUCCGUCAAGCUCCUGAAGUUCGCGGACGACACCACCCUCAUUGGGCUCAUCUCUGGGGGGGAUGAGUCCGCUUACAGGUGGGAGAUUGAUCAUCUGGUGACCUGGUGCGGGCAGAACAACCUGGAGCUAAAUGCUCUGAAGACAGUGGAGAUGGUCGUAGACUUCAGAAGGAACCCAGCCCCACCCACCCCCAUCACCCUGAGGGACUCCCCAGUCGACACUGCAGAGUCCUUCCGCUUCCUGGGCACCAUCAUCUCCCAGGACCUCAAGUGGGAGCUCCCUCACCAAAAGAGCUCAACAGAGGAUGUACUUUCUGCGGCAGCUAAAGAAGUUCAACCUGCCAAAGACAAUAAUGGUGCACUUCUACACCUGCAUCAUUGAGUCCAUCCUCUCCUCCUGCAUCACCAUCUGGUACGCUGCUGCCACUGCCAGUGACAAAGGCAGACUGCAGCGUGUCAUCCGUUCUGCCGAGAAGGUGAUUGGCUGCAAUCUGCCAUCUCUACAGGACUUGUUCGCCUCUAGGACCCUGAGGCGGGCAGGUAAGAUUGUGGCCGAUCCCUCCCACCCGGGUCACAAACUCUUUGAGGUCCUUCCCUCCGGCAGGAGGCUGCGGUCCAUCAGGACCAAAACCUCACGCCACAAAACCAGCUUCUUCCCGGCUGCCGUUGGCCUCAUGAACAAGGCCCGGACCCCCACCUGACGUGGUCACCUCCCCUCCCCCACACCUCAAGCCUGUGUUAUGCACACACUACUUUGCACACUGUACAUUGCACAUGCACUUUUGCACUCCUGCCCUGCUUUUUGUUUUGUAUUGUAGUACUUAUUGUGUUUGUAUGUUCUGUUUUAUGUUCAUUUUAUGUUCACUGUAUGCACCUAUACACCAGAACAAAUUCCAGGUAGGUGUAAACAAAUACAAUUCUGAUUUGUCAUACUCGGCCGGCCCGUGCAAGUGGUUAGCAAAUGUCCCGAUUUGAGAAACUUCCCUUGGAAUUAUUCUCGGACAUUUACAAAACCACUGUAUGGGCCGGCCGUGUAUGGCAAAUGUCCCCGUCCUGAUUGCUAAUUAUAGUGCUUUUUAUGGGAGGAAAAUGGUCAAUUUGCAAGAAAAGUACCCAGGAUCUGGGCCACAUCUCCUGGGUACACAUCAGUCAAAGCUGUGAGGCCAUGGUCCUUGGCCCCGUCUUUUUAUUCUCAAUAUUCACUUUAGAAGGCUGGCUACAAGUUAGCAUGUGGCUAAUUAGCGAUUUUGCUACAUGGUCCAAAAUGCUUGAAAUUGAAACGCCAGAUUGCCCAGGGUGGCGUGACUAACAUACUAAAAGCACUAAGCUGUAGACCCUACGGAAGGGGUCUUUUCGGUUUAGCAUGUGGCUAAUUAGCGAUUUUGCUACAAUGGUCAAUUUGCAAGAAAAGUACCCAGGACUUGAGCCACCUUUACUGGGUACACAACAGGUAAAAUCUCAUUAAAAGUACCAGGGAAAAUUGUGGGCCAGUGAGUGACACCUGGUGGACAUUCCCUGCAAGGCCAUCUGUAUGGGCCAAUUGACCCAUGACCUGACUGGUAAUUUUCCACUCCUACGUCAUGCCUAAUGCAUAAUUUCCUACUUGUUUAACUUAAGAUGUUUAUUUUCUUUUUUCUUUCAGAAAUGAGUCCCCCACAGGAGAGUACGCUGUGCCCUUUGUGCCUUGGUGCAUACAAGGCAUUGUCUCAACAUUUGAGGAGGGUGCAUUUCGUUCGCAAUACAGAUGAGGAGGUUGCUCCUCAAUUUGUCCUCCGGACGGGUCAACAUCCGCACGGCCCCUUGUCCAGUCUUGGGCUGCAACUACUGCAGCACAAGACUGGACAAACAUCUUAAGGAUGGCCACCCGGAGCUGACCCGAAACUGGAUGAUAAUUGAGGAGCAAGUGGCCAAGAGGACAAUGUUGGUCCAGCUCCUUGCCAACCUGAGGGCCACAAACCCUCAGGUUGGCAUGGUGUCGGACUUCGACAUUAACUCGAGGGACCAUGAGGAGCUGCAGGGUGUCGACCCGGGUGUGGUCUGCCUCUGACCAGAAUGUGUGGCUGGGAGGGCGGAGCUCCAGGUGGCCUUUGCCACCAUAGAGAGGCUUGAGAGGGAAGCUCUCAUCCGCGUCAAAACGAUCAAAAUAAAGUCCCGAAAACUCCGCCGCUAUGAGAGGAUUGUGAAAGAGAUGAAGGAAGGUGCUGCUGGCAGCCGGGGAGAGGAGGUGGCGAUGGAGGUGGAUGUGGUGGAGGAGCGGCUGGAGGAGGUGGAAGAGGCAGGGCCAAGCCACGAGCCAGAGGAGCACGUGGAGGAGGCAGGGCCAAGCCACGGGCCAGAGGAGCACCCGGAGGACCAUCAGGUGGCACAGCAGCGGGCCACCUUUAAGGGGACUGGCAGAGGGGCUGUGAUGAGGCACCUGGUCCUCCCUCCCAGUAUUGAUACACUGAUCAACUCAUGGCAGAGGGCAAAGAAAUAACAACAAUAAGCUUUUACCUGAGGAACAUCAUCCAGUUCCUCAGGUAUCUUGAGGACACCCCGCCAAAGCAGUGUAGGUUGCGGAGGGGCCAAUUUAAAUCUGUUCUCAGGAUGGUCCAGAAGCAGGUCAGUAGUUUGGCCUGUUCAAUUGUGACCCAUCAACUGAAAGUGAAGGCCAGGAAGAUGGAGAGCAUUGUCUCCCGGCAGAGCCUGAGGAGGUGCCAGGAGAGGGCCAGGCGGGUCAUCCCGGAGUUGCUGACCCAGAUGAUGACAGAGGGGAAUUACAACCUCAGGGACGAUUUUUACGGGUACUUCUCGGCCUUCGUAAUGUCCAUUUAUGGACACAGGCCGGGGGUACUCACGAAUAUGACCGUCCCUGAGGUUGAGGCAGCAAGGCAGGCUCCUCUUCUCCCUACCGAAACUGGCUUCGUCAUCACUAUCGACGAGCACAAAACAAAUAAAGAUGUUGGAGGGGCCCAGAUCUUUCUGACUUGUGAUGCGUUCUCCUGGCUGGAGAAGUGGAUCCAAGUCAGAAAGAAUCUGGGCCCGAAAAAUCAAAGGGUGUUUGUGACCAAGGGUGCCGGGCCAGUCAAAAAUCUGGUCCGGUACUUUCAGACAGCCUGGGCCCAGAUGGGCUUGCCUGGAAGGCCAACGUUUACUGACAUCCGAACUGCGGUGUCGGGACAUGCAAAAAACAUCCUCAACAAAGGCUCGCGGAACCGGUUGGCCCGAUUCAUGUGCCAUGAUACGGCAACGGCCGACCGGUAUUAUGCCUUCAUGCUGGACAGAAAGCAAGCCAGGCAGAUGAGGGAACAAUUUGCGAAGGUGACUGCCACCUCCUCCCCCCCUCCUCCUCCUUUCCACAUGCCACUGGCCUGGCGAGGCACAGAGGGUCCCGGAGGCCGGGGGACACCUGCACAACAGACAGCAAUCGGGACUCCACUGACGAGGAGGAGGAGGAGGAAGAGGUCCAGCCAAUGAGAAUGGCGAGGAAGCUUGUUGUUUUAAUAAGUCCCCUUCAACGGGCAAGGGUGAAAUGGACAAAUAAUCAAAGAAAACGGAAGAGAUAAAGAGUUAAUUUUCAUCUCUUCCUUUUUUUUUACAUAGUUUUAUUGUUAAUGUGUUAUAUUGUGUGUGUUUUAUAUGUAUUUAAAUUUUACAUAGUGUUAUUGUUAAUGUGUUAUAUUGUGUGUGGU